AUUAUUCCUACUAUUUCUAUUACGAGUAAGAGUAUGAGGGCAAUUGACAUUCUUAGGCAAUGUAUAAGGGCCCCAAUUAGGGCCUUGGGCCGGGCUUGCGACUUCUACGUAAGGAGCAUGACCGGGUGCGCGGGUCGGGUGCCACACGGGCCGAUCUUCGGCAUGUCGGGCGUGGUUUUCUCGCCGAUGCCCGGCGGCCGCAACCACGGGUUCUACCGGUCGGUGGUGGUCGACGACGACGACGACGGCGACUAUUACUACAAGCAACUUAUUUGGGCCGCAUCGAACCGGAGUUUGGGCCCCGGCCCGGCCCAACCCAUCGGCCGGGGCACGGCGCCGAUGGAGAGGAUCGACGAGGAUGAGGCUUGUGAGUUCGCGGGCGACGCAGAUUCAGGUUUGGGUCCGCAGAGUCGGCAUCGCCCCGUUGUGGCCCUAAGAGGCCCAAGUUGA